AUGGUGUUCCUCACGCCGGCCCUGUGGAUCCGGACCCGCCUGACCGAUCGCUUCUGGAGGAAGUACGAGGUGCUCAAGCAUGCGCGGCACUUCCGCGGGCGGAAGAACCGUUGCUACAGCUUGGCCGUCCGAGCGGUCCGCAGGGCUUUCGUCUACGCUACAAAGGCCAGAAAGUUGAAAAAGAGGGAUAUGAGAGCGUUGUGGAUGACGAGGUUAACAGCGGCUGCUCUCGAACACGGUAUGAAGUAUCACCAUUUCAUCAGCAAUCUUUAUAAGUGUCAGGUGGAAUUGAACAGGAAAGUCUUGGCUGACAUGGCGAUCUACGAGCCGAAGACAUUCAAGUCCCUGGCGGCGUUGGCUAAAAGGAGGGGAGAUGAAGGCCUGGCUGCUGCUCAUGAAGGGAAAGAACCAGAGGGGAUUUUUUCACGCUUCGUGCGGUCUUAG